GAUCAAUUGCAAGUGAUAUUAACUCAAAGAACUGAGAAUUUAUCAUCGCAUAAAGGCCAAGUGGCAUUUCCUGGAGGUAGGAAAGAUCCCGAAGAUGAAAAUACUGUAGCUACUGCACUACGUGAAGCCAAUGAAGAAAUUGGUUUGCCUUCCAGUCAUGUCGAUGUUGUUACAACGCUAUACCCGGUGACUUCCGUCAAUAACCUCAAAGUAUACCCUGUUAUUAGUUUUAUCAAUCCUCACUUCGAGAUGAUAUUGAGUCAAGAUGAGGUUAGCUCUGCUUUCACUGUCCCAUUGGAAACAUUCCUUAGCGAUCACAAUCAUGAAAUGGAUAAUAUCAUGCAUCGAAGACGAAAUUAUACUAUGCAUUCAUUUAACUAUUUCGAUUCAGUCAAUGAUCGUCAGUAUAAGAUAUGGGGUCUAACUGCUGCAAUACUCAUCCAAAUCAGCGUAAUUGCUUUUAAUCGUGAACCAGAUUUU